GUUUGAUCGAUUUAGAGUUGGCGCUAAGCCAAGCAUUAUAAAUAGCGUUUAUUAGUAGUAUUAUAAAUACGUUUAAUAGUACCCAGAUUUACAAACAGAUACAUUUUACUAUUAGAUGAUGUUAAACACAAAAUUGAAGUAUGAAAUAAAUGAUUCAGUCGAGGAGCAAUUCAUUUGGCUUCUCAGGUUCGCCACUGUCAGGAAGAUCAAAGAUUUUUUAACAAAAGUCCUGUCGAUAGAUCUACAUUAUCCAACGCCAAAUUUGAAAACGCCUAUAACGGCAGCUAUUGAUCGCGGUGACCUGCAAAUCCUGUCGUUUCUGUUAGAAAGAAAUUCCACCGGUUUGGACAACGCUGUCACUCAACCUUGGGGUAGAACCGCUCUUAUGUACGCCUCGUACGUCUCGAAAAACCCAGAACUGUUACAAGUUCUUUUGAAGAAGGGCGCCGACCUCCAAAAAGUGGACAUACGAGGCUGGAGUUGUCUUCAAUACGCCAUUGUAGGAGAACGACCGACGAAUGUAAAAUUCCUUUUAGAUUCCGGCGUUUACAUAAAUCAGAAAGACGCGCAAGGUCGAACGCCGCUUAUGAUCUCAGUGUAUCGCUCGAAUUUCCAUAUUCUUUCAAUUUUAUUGGACCAUGGGGCUGACGUCAAUGUACGAGACAAUAGGAGUUUCACCGCUCUUCAAAUAGCUAUUUUCUGGAGAAAAAGGGACGCAGCGAUUACGUUAAUCGAAAGAGGAAGCGACGUGAGUGUCGUUACACCUAUAACCAAGGCAACAAUUGGUGAACUUUGUAGAACCAGUAUGCCGAAUAUUCUUCGCUGUCUCGAGCCGAAAAGAUAUUAUAGUGAAGCGUUACAGUAGAUUACUUGUUUUUUAUA